AGAAAUGCUUCAACCACGAUUGGUAAACAAAUAGGCCCUCACGCCUAAAGCAAAUAUGCUGGCUAGACCUGGGGCACCCUCUUUGGAUUAACUAUUUCAGAACAUUGGAAUCACUUCUUUUUUUUCCAUCUCUUCUAACCCUAUUGGUGAUUGAACAGAACAUCUGAAUCACUUUUGUUUGAUUGCACAAUGCUUCUCCCUUUCUAUCUGAUUAUACAGCAAACAUCAUUAUGCAUGUCAGCUCAACUUCUCUUCUCCUUCUCCAUGGAUCUGAAAUAAAUCAGGUCUAGUGGUCUGAUACUAUUAGCUUCUCCACAAUCUAAACAAGUGGACCUCCACCGCAUUUAAAUCUGUUUUUAUAUAUUUUUUUAUACCUAGAUUUUUAUCAUAUGAGUGCAUGCUGCAUUUGGCUUGAUUUUUGGGCCAGGGAAUUCAGUGGGCCCACCUCACAAACAGCCUAGCUCUCUACAUGCGCUCCAUGUUAACACGCAUGCCUAUGAAUCCCGAUGUCUCAGUCUUGUUAGCAGGCCUAUAUAGAGUUGGAUUGGCUAAAAUUCUGGAUUUAUAUUAUGAAGAUCUGUACACCCUCCCUAACAAACAGUCCUCAUCUGGGUUGGUUUCAGAAAUUUCAAAAUUAUCAAAGAAGGAGCUCUUCAUCAUUGCAAAUGCUAUCUAUUACAUUUGCUGGUGGAUGUUUUCUGGUAGCCAUUGGUAUUCUUGCUCAACUUUACUACCAAAUGAGGCCGCAGCUUCAUUUCUCAAUUCCAUCAUUCAUGCAAAUAAUGUGGAACAGUGGAAGUGAGAUCCUCGACUUCCAUUCUUAUGCAUUCCAAGAUAAGAUGGUUUCUUCUAGCUUGAAUUUUUAAUAUGCUAUUUUAAAUCAGUUUGUUCCUUCAUUGGAGGACGAUACUACUUUCAUCCAAGAACUAUUUGUGAGAAUGAGAUAUUAAUCCACUACUUCUGCAGAAUCAAAAAAUAAUUUGGUAUUUUUUUCUUGUAUCUGUGAAUCUGAGCUGGAUACGUCUGUCAAAUUCAGGGUGAGGUUUUCGGGUUCUGCUGUUUUUCUCGUAAUAGUGAUGAUAAUCAAACCCUAUAUGUCUCUUGGAACACUAUAUCAUGGGAGAGAGUUAGAUCAAAGAAAAUAGUCCAUGACCCUAUUUCUGCCUUCAAUGUUUCAGCUGAUGGAGAAUUCCUUGCAGUGUAAAUCUUCAAUUAAUGCUUCUUAUAGAAGAAGAAUUUUGAUUCCAUUUUAUAGGCUUUCCGAUUUGAGUGAUUGAAUCGGUUUGAAGAACUGACAUUUUUCUAUCAUUCGUAUGGUAAUUGUCUGAUAUUGGUUGUUCUUGACACUCUUCAUGAAGUGAUGGAUCAAGAUUCUACUCGAGGAUCACACAUCUGGUUAAAAUUUUUCAAGUAGCUCCAUUUCUACUCACACAUUUUCUUUGUCAUUGUUAUCUGUUUUCUGUUCUAUCCUGAUUCUUGCUUCCGUUGAACAACUGAAAAUUUCAUGCAGGCUUUUUGGGAGUUUCUUAAAUAUUUUGAUUCGAUGGAGUUGUUUCUCAGUUUUAUGUCUAGCCUUUAGAAAAUUUUCAACAUCAACAUGCACAGAAUUUAUUCUUGUUGGAAGCUUCCUCACUGCUCAAUACAGCCAACCAAAUCGAUCUCUCCUUGGAAGUCAUCUUAUCUUGGAGACACCUUGAUUUCUGGAUUUGCAUUUGAUCAUGGCAAUCAGCAACCCGACUUUCCACAUCUUCAUCAAACCAUGGGGCUUCUUGAAAGGAGGAUUCUGACCUUUUGGAAGUCCCAAACUCACCCACUGAAUUUGCUCCAUCCAUCAUACAUACAUACAAGCAUGCACUUUUUUAAACUUCAUGCAUCUUUAAUAAUAAUAAAAAGUUGUUUGGAAGCUGAUAUUUAAACCCAACCUGAUUGAUUUGCAUACACCUGUUCUCCAUUUUGGGAAUUGGAAAGCUACUCGUGUUUAUUUUCUUGCUGUUUAGUCCCGAUUCAUCUCUCUCUCUCUCUCUCCCUCUCUCUCUCUCUCUCAAAUUCUAUUUUUUUAAUUACUGUUUUGCAUUG